UAAGGAAUUCAGAAGUACACGCGCUACUGAAGCGUACUGAGGAAAACGUCCUCCACAGGGCCGCGAAGUGUCAACCUUAGCGAGUUAAAUCAGUGCCGACCCCCGUUAGAACCCGGUUCUCCGAUUUAGCAAUGAAAUUCGCAGUGGCAACACCUCUGCUCGCGCUGCUUAUGUUGGGCCUUGCUCCUGGCGUUCCAGCUCGCGCGGCCGACGACGGGAAGUACAACAAACGAAAAUAUUUCAACGGCAACCACGGGAAAUAUGUGCACAAAAAUGAAGGUGACUAUGUAGAAGAUUUGGAUCGCUACCGGUACGUCCACUAUGACGACGGCGAUCGAGGACGCUACAUCCAUGUGCACGUCCCGUACGACGGUGGUUACGGACCCUAUGAAGGGGGCCACGAACCCUACCGUAACCCGCCGUACGACGCCACAGGAUUGUAUGCGUAUGUGCAAAGACCGAAAAAUGACACUUGUUUACGAUUGCUAGAACAGUACUCUAACACUUGCAGCGACUCCAUUAUCGACAGUCCAUUCAAAACAAACGAGUACGACAUCAGAAAGCCAGAGCUGUACCUGGAGUACGGUGCACCCUACUCGGAGUUCAACUACGGAGCAUCUACGCAUCGUGUGAAGCAAACAUCAGCAUCGGCUGCGUUGGAUCCGCGUGUAUCCAAUUUCCCUGGAACGGCCUACCUCCCUGCACUGGAAACUCCGGCUGCACCGAAGACUGACUCGAUGGGACGCACCGGUAAAAUUGACACCGAAAGCGUCACAUUGACAACCUCUAGGAGUGAAGAAACGUUACAUCGUCUAGCAACGGAAGGCCCAAACACAAAAUCCAGCCGUAGUACUUCAGAACGGCCAAGGGUGGCAGACGAGUCGUCUACUGCUUCAGCGUCCGCCACCGUAGUAUCGAUUUCGACGCCACAAUCAGCAUCGGUCGAACAACAGCUACAGCAGUGUCGGAUAGAGUUGGAUGAAACGAAACGAAAGUUAAGUUACAGUGGAAUGCACUGGAACUGCUUCGGUUCGCCCACGGACGAUUUAUACGGCGGUCGAUGCGAGCCACCAGUGAAUAGUGGUAAAGCGUGCUGCUUCGGUUUCACUGUUGCUGAUGCUGCGUUGGCGAUCCUGGGCUGUGUUGCUGCACAGCGACAGCAAGAUGCCCGAUACAACGACGGUCGAUACUAUCCAGAACUCUACCAAGGCAAGUACAGUGAUGGCAAGUAUCAUCCUGAUUCAAGCGGAGCCUAUCAUCCCGAUGAUUCUGGAAAGUACAGCGGAAAAUAUGUUCCCUAUGUUGACGGCAAAUAUGGCCAGGGUGGACAGGGCGGUGCCGGAGGUGCUGGAUCAGGAUUCGGUGGCCAAGGAGGACGAGGUGGUAGCGGUGGAGCUGGACGGGGUGGUAGUGGUGCAGGAUCUGGAUCGCGAAAGGGAGCCGGGUCUGGAUCCGGUAGCGGAGCCAAGGUUGCCGUUCCAAUCGUUAUCCCAGCCGUCCCACCGAAGGUAUCUGUACCAGCACAAAAAGUCAAGCUCUCAGGCAGCGGCUCCGGCAGCGGUUCGGGUUGGGAUCGCAUCAAGGAACAAGUUAAGGAAUACAACCAAGAUGGUUACUAUUACCGUUAUUUAACCGAACAGGAAGCGCAGGUUGCCGAAACUGGACGCAUUGAAGAUCGUAAUACGGAUAGUGAAACACUGCGCGCCAAGGGCUUCUUCGAGUAUGUCGGAGAUGAUGGCGUGCGGUACCGCGUGGACUAUAAUGCCGACGAGAACGGAUUCGUUCCUCGUGGUGCUCAUUUGCCAACUCCUCCCCCGAUCCCGGAAGCCAUCGCUCGCGCCCUCGAAUAUGUGAGAAAACUACAACAGUAAAAUAAAUUCCCGCUCCAUCAGUUCAGUCAGACUUUUUUAAAGUCCUCUCGCCAAGUUGUGUUUAAGUAAUUUAAAAUUGUUCGCAAUACAUCUGUAAA